UUCCUUCUUCUAUAUGCCAUUUCUGCCAUGAUGGAUGGAUCUGGGCGUUGGUCUAAGUGCUCUUCAUGCCUGACUCUUCCCAAGAAGCCACUCCUUCUGCACACUUCCCUAAAUGUUGGUAAGUUCAUAUCCUAUAUAAGCCCCUAUGUAAAGUCACUGACCCAUUUCCACUGCUGCUCUCUCGUCCGCUGCUCUGAAGCCUAAACCAUGGUGCCCAGAAUUUUUGCUGCCGUCUUCAUUUUUGAACUUCUGAGUUCAAACUCAGAAGGAGUCACAGAUCCUAGACUGUGGCUAUGCCAGCCAGCGCCCAGGUGUGGGGACUGGACCUACAACCCCUUGGAGCAGUGCUGUGAUGACGGUGUCGUCCUAGACUUGAAGCAGACCCGGCCCUGUGGCUCCAGCUGCACCUUCUGGCCCUGCUUCCAGCACUGCUGCCUGGAGUCUUUGGGCCCUCAGAACCAGGCAGUUGUGAGGUUCAAGGUCCCAGGUAUGAAGCCAGAUUGCAAGUCCUCCCCUAUCACCAGGAUCUGUGCCCAGGUAAGGAUCUGAUUCCAGUCCAGGCUGUGGGAGGGGGGAGUAGGAAAUGGAGUUUGGCUGUCCAUGUCCCACCCAGAUGUGCAGUCUCUGCUGGGUUCCAUACCUUCCCAUCUCUCAGUAACCAUGCAACUCUGUCGUUCUCCAUGUCUCUGUUCCUUCCCCGCUGCUGCUGCUGCUACCACCCUCCCUCUUAUUCCCCUCUCCCCCUUCUCUCCUUCUGCAGGAAUACCACCCAAAAAGCCCUCUGUCAAGAUCUGACCUCAUCUAGACUGUUCUGGGGUAGCAGAGUCACAGAUCACUCUAGAAUCUAAUAUUUGGUAAUUAUACUGUAUUGAUU